GAAAGCCCAAGUUCACGCAGCUAUGCGUCUAGUUAGCUUUAUAACUGAGGUCACUGAAAUACAAUACUUCCCAACUGCUAUGAGGAAACAGAAAACCACGAGGUCUAGAACACCGGAAGUUGAUUUUAAUUCCUGUUUUUGCUAGCUGAGGCAAAAAAUCACAUCGCUACUUUACGUUCUCAACUUGAACUACACCGAAGAAGUAUGGGGGAACUAAAACUGGUAGCUUGCCUAAAGUGGUACAGCACGUUUAUCUUCUUGGGCGGAACCAUUGUUGGCUUUGCUGAUCCCAUCACCGAUAUACUUACACUAGUGGGAUUCUAUCGCGAAGAUCACAAGACAUGGUUCGCCGUGGGGCUAACUUUUAUUAUCUUGCCUUGUUUUGUUUUCUCGUUGCUCUUUUGUAUGCUUAAGUUGGAAGAGUUUCAAAGGCCGACGUCGAGUUACAAAAAUAUUUUUUUACAAGUUUUGCUUUGUGGUUUCAAUCCGUUCUCAGCGGCUUUGGCAAGACUACAAGGUUUUAUUUUCUGCUUGAAGAAUUUUAAGACGCUUUGGCAAGGUAAUCAGGGCGACUUAAGCGAAGAUACUGAUGACAAAUGGAAUAUUGAAGAGCUUCUGUUCCACAGCGAGUUAGCUCUGCUCUUUGAAGCAGUUCUUGAAUCAAUCCCCCAGUUCAUUCUUCAGCUGUACGCCAUGAGUGUGCAACAGGAACCAGUGAAGAUCAUUCAAAUGAUCUCUUUACCUGUGUCUUUCCUUAGUUUAGCCUGGGCGUUUACGACAGCCGACGAGUUGCUGCAAAAGGGAGAGACUCAGAUCCACGUCCUGAGGAUGAAACACAAACUUUUGCUUUUCUUGACUCACGCAGUCCUCUUGAGCAGUCGUCUGUUUGCCAUCAGUUACUUUAUGGUCAGUUAUAAGUGGUGGGUUAUCGUGAUAUUAACAUGCCAUUCAUUUGCGGUAUUGGUUGCAGAGGCCAUUUGUAUCUGCGGCAGAUGUGGCGGUGACCGAGGAACGGCGCUUAUUUUGAUCCUGUUCUUCUUCCUCAACUGGCUGAGAGAUGAUUGGUCGGUAAAGAUUCACGAUGAAGAUAACGAAAAUAAGAGGAUGCUAUCAACAAGAAUGCGAUUGUUUUUCAACGUCUUGUUUGCGGUCGAGAACAUCGCCAUGAUCCUUAUGUUCUACCUCACCAGUCCAUACUCCAACACUUGGUACUCGCAGCCUGUCACUGUUUGCGUCUGUUUGUUUUCUGUCAUUGGAGCGGUGGCGAGAGUUACUCACUUUCGUUUCUUAACCAAAGAAACGGGCAGUUAUUCGACAAUGGAGAGGAACGAAAAUUUAUCACCCAGUGAAAUACCAGUAGCGAGAGUCUCCAUAACUUCUCAAGCGUCCCAAGUGGUGAUCAUAAAUCAAGGGUUUCGGAAAGAAGAUGAGUAACAAAAUUGCGAAAAUUGCUGACUAUCCUUUAAGUGGGCAGACAGGCAAUAGGCAGUACAAUUCAGCAGGUAACAGUUAAACUAGAAGUGAAAUCCCAGCGGUACUUAGUUACUUUAUUUAUUUUAUCAUGUGUCCUAAGUCUUAUGCGAUGUUUCGGUAGACUCAAAACUGGCAGCAGACAACUGAGUGUAAAGCCUAAAGAGUUGUAGGAGGCCGGUGAUAACUGAAAAAUAUGGUUUGUUUAGUUUAUAUUCGUUCAUGUGUACAUUAAAGUCAGGCGUUCUCUGCGUUAAACGAUUGCGGAAAUUUAUCGAGACAAAAAAGAGUACCCUAAUUGCAAUAUCAUACUUUGGUUCAAAAGCAUAUAACUAAUAUCGGGGAAGGUUGUUGAUUGAUAACUAAAUAAAACUACGCGGUUUAACUCGUGA